AUGAGUCAUGUUCCUCCUCCUCCUCCUCCUCCUCUCCUCUACUCUAAGGAGGAGAUGAGUCAUCUAUAUGCUUGUUCUCCUCCUGCCUUCAGUUAUAACGCUUACUUUAAUGAAAAGGAUUAUCAUCAAUUUUUUGCAUCGCAGACUACUUCUUUGUUGGGAUGUGCCAGGAAAGAUUUGCACAAGCCAAGCUCUUGA